AUGCUCAUCUCGCCCAACUCCUCCAGCAAGCCCGCCCACGGCGAGGCCGACUUGCCCGAGGACGUCGACGAACCCCCUGAACAUGUCAUGGACGCCACCUCGAUGAACUCCGAUCAGAUCGUGCUUGCUCGACCAACGGUGAAUUGCAAGGAAUCACUGCUCACACGUGCGUUGAAGAGCAGCCCAGAGAUGUCCCCAACCGAUCCACACGCCUCCCACUACGACUCCUACAUGUACCAAUACUACCCUCAUAGCAACUUCAGUGGCGUCUCAACGGCCGAGUUGACCAGCGACGGUGGUCUCACAAGUCCAUCCUUGUCUAAUACUCCCAGUCCACCUUUACCGUCUCAAAUGAUGAAAAAUGCGGCAUUGGCUGGAAAGAAGAAUUUGGCCCUUAAAGUGAAGGUUGUUGACGCUAGUGAAACUUCCGUCGAGGCCAACCUUGGCCGCAAACGAUGCAUUAGCUUCGCCUGUGGUCGUAAGACUGAUGACAACGAGCCGAGAUCUCCGGUCUCACUCUCGGCAUCACAAGAACUCUCUCCUAAAUCCCAAACACCGAAGGAGCUUCCCACGGAGGAAACUUCGAUUCAAACCAUUAAGCGCAAAACCACACUGACUUUCGCGUGUCCUGGACGGGAGACUGUUUGCCAGAGAGAGCGAUCUCCGGCGCGCAAGUCUUCCAUCCGGCCGCGAUGCCGUGGAUCUCCUGCACCUGCUGCCCGCAAAGCCUCUCCCGGCUUGAAGGAAACAUCGAAGCAAGUUUCCAAGGAUGUUGCCAAGCAGGAAUCUGUCUCUAUUCCCACAAGCCGCAAGGGUAUCCCCACUAGUGGUUUGGGCAAGUUCGAGGAAUCCGAAGCUACCCGGUUCCACGAGUUUGCUAGCUCUAUGGACGAAGACGAUGAAUGGGUGAACCGGGAGGCCUGCUAUACACAAAAGAUUACUUUGAACGACUGCAUGAAGAAAGAAAUAGCCAUCCGACGGCUUGGUGAACAGGCUGAAGAAGAGGCUUUGGAAGAGGAAGAUGAUUUGGACGACCUUCCGGACGACGACGAGACCGUGCACGACUUCUCUUCGGACGACGGGAACGAGUCAGACAACGAGGCUGGCUUCGCAGAGUCAGACGAGAGCGACGAUGAUGGCUCCGACGUUGAGUUUUGGGGAUCAUCACACCGUGUUCCAGAACUCCCCAGUCAAUACAUCGACGCACGCCCCACGGCCAUGGAACGCCGCGCCUCGAAUACAUCGUUCGACUCCAUGACAGACGACCACUCGAAUUGGCUUCCUGCCCCCGUGAAAAGGAUCGGCAACCGUCGCGCUCCGAAGGCCCGCAAGAGCAUCGGGAUUCGUCCGAGGACCCCAAACCUCCCUGAUAGUACCGACUUUGUGUGUGGAACCCUCGACGAGGAUCGUCCUCUCGAACUCGCCUACAAAUCUUGCCUUGAACAGCGGCGCCGCUUAAAAGAGGUUGUCAUCCCACAAGAUAUCGACCCCAGCUUCCCCACCAGCGAUCCGGAGGACAACGAUGACAUUGAACCAUCAGAGCAAGAGGUUGCCAGCUUGUCCUCUGCCGCAGGGCACCACGAUGAAACUGCCCGAGGACGGCCGGAAGGCGAGGCCCGUAAGCAUUCACCCCGCCGCUCUCCCAGGCGUUUGAUGUCCCCACCACCCCGUCGCGCUGGCCGUACCUCUCCCAAGCGUCUCAAGUCCCCACCCCCACGCAUGAGAGCAAAGUCGCCCACCCCAGCCACGUGGGAACUCACCGAUGAUAUGCCCAUCGUUGAUUCACCCAGAGGUGUCAACAUCAGCCAUCUGGUUCAGCGCCGACCUCUCGUCCGCACCAAGUCACUUCCUCGUGUCCCCAACCCUUUCUUCGCCGGCCUGGAUAAAGGUCACCGUUGGCAAGGUAUCAUCCCAGCACUCUCGGAGUCACCAGAGCACGAACACUCACGUACCCGUGAACUACACACUCGUGGCCCAAUCGACAUUGUCGAAGGCCUCGAGAAGAAGCGCCAGAAACGCAAGGAAAAGUUCUGGCGUCAACACUGCCGCAAAGCUGCCAAAGAGCAGAUGGGCAAACGGCCUAUUCCAGGCCAUGGAGCCGAACGGAUGAAGGAGCUUGGCCUCGAAGUUGCUGAGAGGUGCAGAGCUUACGGCGUCGGUCAAGAUGCCCAGCUCGUCCUAUCCGUUUAG